CUCCUGCGUGACAUGUUUUGAAAACUGAAAAGUCCUGAGUCCUUAGACUUCGAACUGCAAUGUGGGAGUGCAUGAUCAGCGAAACCCGCAAAGGGCGACACACCGGGAGACAUCGGAAAGUUGAGGUUUGUGCUCCGGCUUCGCCAGCUUCGCCUCGAAGGCCCCUGGAAAUCCAGGGCGGAGGCAUCCGGAGAGACAGGACAAGUCAGCUGGAGAAGAUCAGAGCUGCUGGCAUGCAGAAAUCGCGCCGGCACGAUGAGACAACACAGUCCCCGGACACGGGAGCCAGGCUCUCCCAGCAAUAUGCACAAGCUUCCCAAGAUAUAGCAUCGUUGGCUUCUCGCCUGGCACAGCACAAUGGGCUUCGUAAAUUCAGUGCGACCUUUUCGAGUCGUGCUCCACCAUUGGAGUUGCGGAUGUUGCUGCCAGACCUUGAGGCUUCUAUUGAGCUACUUUUGGCUUCAUUGUCAAGCUGUACAGAGCAGAUUGCCGAGCUCGAGGUUCCACCUGAAUCUCGCCUGGCUGAACUGAGAGAAACGGUUUGCCACUACCUCCGCUCAGAGUAUGCUGCAGCGCAGGAAACUUUCAACGAGCAGCGGACACACCUGCGAGCUUUGAGAACCGCCUCUCCAUUGACCUCACCAGUAACAAUGCCGGUUCUGCCAAUGAAGCUAUCGGGUGUUGGAUCUGUUGAGCAAAGCAUAUCUUCCGCAGCAGUUUCUACUCAAUGCUCGCCAGAGAUGCCUGCUCUUGAGCUUGUUGAUGAGAUCAAGCUUGAUGAGGACAGCGAGGUGGAUGAACCUGCACUGCCUUUUGCAGCGGUCAUGUGCGAUGUGCCUUUUGAAGGGCCCACUCUUUGAUGAGUGCACGCUUUUUGUACCCAGCUGAAGCUGUGGAGUUUGUCCCUGGGAGGGCAGAAGAUGCAGGCAACCUACCGAUUUCGGGCAGGUGGAAAUUCUCUUUUAUGAUGUACUGUAAGCGCCGUGUAGGUGCUGAAAUCACCUUUGCAGUGGACCCAUUUGAUUGUUCGCUUGGAAAUUCCAACCUGCAACAAAGUACAGUAAAUAUUUAGUCUUUGCCCUUUGCGAUUUGCCAUGUACACUGGCAUGUCAAACUUUUCAUCGUGCAAGAUGCCGGUGCGAGUAAAGGACAGUGUGUUCAUUUGUACAGAACAGAAUUCGCAAAGUCCUAAUGCAUGCGAUGUACAUAGAAAAUCACUUGGCGCCGAUCGGGAGGUACCUUCGACUCUGCUAAUUUGUGCAAACUGAUUGUGCAAUCUUUGCCAACAAAAAUGAUCAGUUAUUCAGGAGGUCGUCUCGCCUUCUUUGGCCCAUGGCUGUCGUUCUGGCAGGGUUUUCAACCCCUCUGCUUCUUGAUAGGAGAAGUGGACCCAGUUUUUGGCUGAGAUGGGAAUCAGCCAAGUAGAAGUAAAAGGACAACUAUUCUCCGAGCGGUGUGGCUUGUCCUAGUGUGAUUCGUCCUUGUACAGAGAAACUUUUCCACUACUGCGCUUGUCAAUCUGUAUAGGUUCAUCCUUUCUGGAUACGAAAAACGAG